UCCACAUUCAAAUGCACUUCAUCUUUGGCCAUUCUUCAUUUUCAUUCCGUGCAAACGAGAGAUGCCGUCCCAAGACUCCAACUUUUUCUGGCGGCACAUUGGCAUCUGCGCCCGGAUCUUUGGUCUCCUCACCGUCGUUGCGCUCUGGGGCACUGGCAUUGCUGAGGUCGGCGAUCACCUCGGCGUUGGCGCCUACACAAUUUGCGCCGGCAUUGUGAUGACCAUCAUUGAAGGCUCGUGGGUGCUCCAAAAGUGUGCAUGCUGCAAUGCCGAAAGCUGCAUUUACAAGACGUACUUUUUCCUUGUCAACCUUCGUGGCUGGAUCAAGUUUAUUCUCUAUGCCUUGAUGUCCAUCGUGUGCUUCAUUGAAACCACCUGGUGCAUUGUCGGCGGUGUCAUGCUGGAUGUUGACGCCGUCUUCUAUCUCCUCUCGUCGUUCGUCUCCAAGAAGGAGGGUGAUGCUGCUGCCAAGGAUGAAUCCAAGCCAGAAGAGAAGCGCGCCUCUUUGCGUGACCCGAAUGCUCUCGUGUGAACAUUUUCUUGUGGUGUUGUUUUGGUUAACAUUUUAAUUGUUUGCAAUUGCCUCCAUCAAUUCCACAUGCUGCUCCAUU